AUGGCAACAAUGCAAGCACAGCGAACAUUCGAGAGCGUAGCACCACACAUUAACUCGCAUGUGGUCCUGUUUAAUUCAACCGCUUCAGACCUGGGCACAGAGCUACUCCGAGUGAUCCGUCAAGCAGGUUCUGUGUCAAGAGUAUUCGUUUUUGUUGGUCACGCGGACGACUUCCGUCAGCUGGCGAUACUGGCAAGGGAAAGGUCGUCGCUGACGUUCGGAGACUACGUGCUGAUAUUCUUCUUUACGUAUUGGGGCGACCCGAAGGCUGGUAACUAUAACUGGAAAAGAGGAGACGAUAUGGACCAGGCAGCCAGGAAUGCGUACGAGGCGGUAAUGGUGAUGCGGCCCCGCCGCCCGGAGGACGCGCAGUUCGCGUGGUUCGAGGCGGAAGUGAAGCGGCGCGCGCUGACCGAGUACAACUUUACUUGGGAGGACGACCAUGAGGUGUCUGCGUUACACAUAGGCCUGUACGAUUCCUUCGUGCUUUAUGCGCAUGCGCUAAAUGAAACUAUCGCGGCAGCCAAGAAUCCUCGUGACGGGCAGAGAGUUCUACAACGGAUGUGGAACAGAACACUUGUUGAUAGUUGCGCAGUACUUGGGUUGGAAGCAGUUCGAGCUGAUACCGGAAGUUCCGAUACACUGGCCAGUGCGCGGAAGUCCGCCUCCUAA